GUCAGCCAUGGCGGAUCAGAGAGUCCAGACGUGCGAUGUUUACAGAACGGACCCGAACCUGCCGUCCAGGUUCAACAACCCCGACUGUUUCAGUGGUUACAGUCAGAAAAAGAGUCACCCACUUUAUCGAACAUCAAACCAAACCUAUGGCAGCAAGAAACCAACUGUGCACGAGAUGCAGACUCAGUUUAAAGGGACCUCUCGUCAGUUUUCAGAGGUGAUGCUGCACAGCGGGAUGUACCGCGAUGAUGGCUUCAAUGUGUCUCUUGACAGGGCCAGGGUGACGAUUUCCACUUCAACCCAGAAAAACAGAGUCGACCUCCGUUACUACCAUCACUGUGUAAAUCAAUGCCAUGAUGGAAACAAGGGAUGAAACAGCUGUUAACUGUACUGCUGUUAAAAUAAACAUAUCUGAACUGA